CCAAAGAGGCUCAGCACGCUUUGUUGUGGGUGCCAUUCUUGACUUUUCAUGUGAUUCUUUUGGCAGAUGGUGGGUGGAAGAUGGUGGAAGGUCUCACCAUCACCAACUUGAUUGCCUUGCAGCCGCCGGCUCCAGCUGGGUGUCCACCACACACCCCUUUCGCCGGCUCCUCGAUCGAGUCGGGGAUGAAGAUCUACAAUGCAGUGCCUCUCCUCACCGCGCUGGCGCUGUGGCCGGCGACCGCCAGCGAGGCCUUCGAUGCCUUCGAUGCGGCGCCGCAGCGCCACCGAAAGCCACACCUCAAGGGACAGCAGGGAGUGGAACACCUGAAGUUCCAGCACAGCCUGGUGGCGCAGACCGCCGCGGAGGCAGAGGCCAUGCGCAGCCGAGAGGCGCAGGUCUUUGAACAGGGCCGCCACAUGCGAGCGCGUGAGGCGCUCUAUGAGAAGCACCUGGCAGAGUGCCGGGGUGACCACUUCUGCGAGAAGCAGGUGGCAGCGAAGCAGAUGCAGAUUGAGCAGCUCGUGGCCACUGGUCAAGCACCGGUCGCUGUGAUGGAGGGCCGCGAAGAAGAGCACAAGGCGCCCACUGCGGAAGCACCCAGCACAUCCUCAUGGCUUAGGCAGAAGAUGCAUCAUGCUGUAGCGAGCGUGACGGCCGCCUUGCGGUAAGAGCUGAUGAGCCUGGCAGGGCCCGUCGUCGAACGACCAAAAAGAAGGGGGACGAGCGAGCGGCCUUGGAGGGUGGCGGAGUUCUCAGCACCAGGAGGUGACCAAGAGGGGUCUCGCAUUGGGGCUUUCGCGCGGUUGUGGCGCGGCGUUCGACCGCGGCUUUGUACGCGGUUUUCGUGCUGUUGGU